CACCAUCACUCGAAGAUGCCAGGGAUAAAGGAAGGCAUCGGCUGCUAUGCCGAGAAGUAUGUACCACUGGUACCAUUGACAGGGAUUACCAUCACCUUCCUGGUAGUUGCCGUCUUGGGGCUAGGAUUCUAUUGCGCCUUGAUGAUCAACGCCGUUGUGGAGGCUUUUGGUAAUUUAAUGACCGAAAAGCCUACAUUGCUCAAAUCUGAAACUAAGACACCACUAUCAUUUCUUAUUAUGGUGAUGUAUAUACUGUUGCACGUCUAUGGCUACAAGUGCUCGUUUGUCGAGACUCCUAUAUGCCGCAGGCGGGCCCUGUUCAUAGGAUUAGGCUUUGUGGUAGUGUUCUGCUCAUUCGUAGCAGUUAUGCUGGCUACUAUUCCUGAGGAGUGGCUGGAGCCUACUGGACUCCAGUCUUACGUAAAGGCUGAACACCGGGUCUAUGGCGCCAUGGGCUUCUCGGGACUCCAGAUAAUCGCACUUGUUGGAUUCAUCAUUGCAGCCUAUAAGCAACACUGCUUUGGCAAGUGCAUGACCAGGAGCCGCAAAGCGUUCUAUGUGAUAGCGUUAUUGAAUUUAAUACACCUGCUAGGUUAUAUUGUUAACUUGGGUCUGUUUUACAAAAACGGUAAAGUGGAAACGGAAAUGAAACAAAUGAAAGACAAAGAGGAAUGGAAAGUGUACCAAGGAUCUGCUACUCUCAACUACCUACUGUUGAUAGCACUUGUGAUAAGUGCAUACCAGAUCAAUAUGUGCUGCACGCCGUUUAAUGGCUAUGAAGGUAUAUUUUUACUGUUUGGUGGUGCAGUUAUCGGUUGUAUAAUAUGUGCCAUGUUGGCCUGUGAAAUGGACAAUGCUCCUGCUAAACGACAUUACGAGCACGCCAUAUACCCUAUUCUGUUUCUAUUGCUUGUAUUUACUGGUUUGUGGCUAUACUGUUUACAUGCAGCUAAGCCGUUUGGACAGUACCAUACUGUAUGGGAAGUGGGAUGCUUCAUGCUAGGCCUUUUCCUACUGGCCAUGAUAGUCAUUGCAGCAGUGGUCAUGGGCGUUGCUGCAUUUGCAAAGGGGAACCCAGCAGUGCCGAAGAUGUUUGAAGGAUGGCACUCCCUGGCCAUUCCCGCCUACUUCCUUGUGAUACUUGUACUGUUUAUAAUCUAUGGUCGCAAGAGCGGCUUAUUGAAACGCAUGGGUUCCUGGUUCAAGAGGGCACCUGAACAAGUCCAACCUCCAGUUACACCGGAGCCCGAGCCUAGUGAACCCUGUCAACUUCGCGGACCAGAAUCAGUAGGAGGAGUCUACCAUGAUUCUAGGUUGCAUCCAGCUAAGUAGUUGGAUAUACUGUCAGGACAGAGUCCUGGAAUUUGAAUGA